GUUUUUAUUUAUUUAUUAAUUAAUUGUAAUCGAAUAGCCCCAAAAAGCUUGACAGUGUGACAGGCCCUAAUCGAACUAAAUUUAUCGAUAACAUCAGCCACUACCACGCUGUGCGUGAACUAAAGUUAAAUUUUCAAGAACAAAAAGUGAUUUGUUUUUAGUUUUCCAAGCAUAAUGAGCGAUGAGCAGCCGAUGGACGUGGAUCUGGGCCCCUCGUUCAGCAUCCGGGACUACGUGGUGAACCAGAAGAUGGGCUCCGGCUCCUUUGGGGACAUCUACCAGGCCAGGCACCGCCAGACGGGGCUCCUGGUGGCCUUGAAGAUCGAGCAAAGUAAUGCCAGCAGCAGGCAGUUGUGCUUCGAGUAUCAGCUGUAUAACAUACUGCGCCAUGGCACUGGCAUUCCAAGGGUCUACCAUUUCAAAGCGGCCAGGACAUACAAUGUGCUGGUAAUGGAGCUGCUGGGUCCCUCGCUGGAAGACCUCUUUAACGUUUGCGAACGGAGAUUCUCCCUGAAAACGGUGCUCAUGCUGGCGGAGCAGAUGAUUGAACGGGUGGAGUUCCUCCACUCCCAUAAGUUUCUUCAUCGCGACAUCAAGCCCGACAACUUCCUCAUGGGCAGAGGUGACACCAGGAAUCGUGUAUACCUAAUAGAUCUGGGCCUGGCCAAGCGAUACUGGAGUGUGGUGGAGAACAAGCAUGUACGGCACAUGAUGGGCAGUCACUUGACUGGCACUGCGCGCUACGCCUCCGUAAAUGCCCUGACUGGAGGAACACAAUCCAGGCGGGACGACCUGGAGUCGCUGGGCUAUGUCAUCAUGUACUUCCUAAGGGGCAACCUGCCCUGGCAGGGCCUCAAAGCCAACUCCAAGAUGCAGAAGCACGAGAUGAUAGCCGAGAUGAAGAUGUCCACGCGGCUAGACGACCUGUGCCUUGGUUAUCCCGAGGAGCUCUACCACUUCAUUGACUACAGCCGUGCCUUGGGCUUCGAGGAGCAGCCCAACUACCAGGCCAUCAUUCGAUCCUUUGUGGAUCUACUCCACAGUCUGAAGAUCACCAACGACAAGAUAUACGACUGGGACACACUUAGCCAUAAGAAGGAGCAGCUGGCCCAGGAGAAACACGAGGAGGAGGAGGAAGUCGAAAUAGAAAUAGAAAUGCUGUAGCCAUGUUCAAUGUGUGUUAAAUGUAAAGACGGCUCUGACUUUUCCAGUGGCCUGUCAGAAAUGCCAAUUUAAAAUACACAAGCUGCCAGCUACCAAAAUGAGUCCAAUUAACAAAGCUGGGAUUUGUGCAACGUUUGCAUUCUGGGGGCAGAUUCGAGUGGAGGAGAGAUUCUGGAGCAGCAGCUGGCAGCAAUGUCCGUCAGAACGGAUGGGAUGGCAGCAAAAGU